AUGUACUCAACCCGGGGCAAAGAAUAUGUCACUGGAGAUCCGGAUCAUCAGUAUGAUCUAUUGAGACGACGCCUGCUAUACUACAAAAAUCAUAUGGAAGAAAAACGGAAAGGGCGUGAGCGUAAGAAGAGGCAGAAGGAACGCAUGUCCGAGGAGGCUACAGAAAUCGCUCGAGCAAAACAUCGUAAGGCACAAGCCAGGUACCGCGAGAAGCAUCGGGACAGAAUUAAUAGCAGGGCACGAUACAAUCGUCUGAUUAAAAAGCGAAUAGCUGCAGGACCGGGCUGGCAUAAACAAUACAAGCUUAGAUAG